GCGACACUAGCGCCACCACUACCAGUUUGAUUUUUCAGUCGGGUGUCGGGUCAGUCCUCUGCGUGUGAAGUGAAGAUCUGGCUCCGCAGUGGUUUCUUCGGGUGUCAUGAGCUAAAUGAGGGUAUUGGUGACAUCGUGGCCUUCUUGCUGAUGGCUGGGCUCUUCGACUAUAGCAAGGAGGCCGUUCGGGUCAAGGCCAAGAAAUGCGACGGCGACGCAGAGCCCGAGUGGAGGAAGUUCAGCGUGGACCCCCAAAUCACCACCUACGAUGUCCUGCGUUCCAUCCUGGCGAAGGCGUUCGAACUGCGCAGGGACUUUUCCGUCAGCUACAGAGUCAUCGAUGACUUGGGUCAAGAAACGUUUCUUCCCUUGCUCUCGGAUUGGGACCUCGAUGCUGCUUUCCUUGGUGCCUGCGAUCCGUGCCUCAACCUUCUGAUUGACGUGACUGGCGCCGAGGAAGCAUGGGAGCCCGAAGAGCCACCGGUGAGCGUGAUUAAGAGUCUGAAACCGCUGCUGAGACUGGGCAAGCCCAAGGCGGCGCAGCUGCAGGGCCUGUUCAAGAGCCAGAUGGAGCGUACCUUGGGCAUGGUGCAGCGUGCCCUGAAGCCUGAGGAGGCACCCGACUACGACCCGGAGCCGCCUGAGGAGGCGCCGGUUGACGACGUUUGCUUCCGCAGCUUUCUCGAUCCUCUUGGCACGCUUGAGGAGCCGAGAGCAAUGCGUGCCGCUGUCUUUGCGUCUGGAGUUGAGCCUUCCUUGCGCAAGGUAGUCUGGAAGCACUUGCUCAAUGUCUACCCUGAAGGUCUCAAGGGCAAGGAGCGGAUAGAGUACAUGCGCCAGCGUCAACAGCAGUACAAUGCGCUCAAGGACGAAUGGAUGAAACAGGCGGAAACGCCUGAACUCGUGGCCAUUACCACGAUGGUUCGCAAAGACGUGCUACGCACAGACCGCCACUUGGUGUUCUAUGCUGGUAACGAUGACAAUAAAAAUGUGGCAGCCUUGUUCAACGUGCUCACGACGUACGCUGUGAACCACCCUUCCGUGAGCUAUUGCCAGGGCAUGAGCGACUUGGCCUCGCCCCUGCUGGUCACCAUGCAGGAUGAGCCGACGGCGUAUGUCUGCUUUUGUGCCCUCAUGCGCAGGCUGCACAACAACUUUUCCUUUGACGGCGCUGCCAUGGGUCUCAAAUUCCAGCACCUCUCCAUCGCCCUCCGACACUACGACCCUGACUUCUACCUCUACCUGCAGCAGCAGCAGGCUGGUGACCUGCUCUUCUGCUACCGCUGGCUCCUGUUGGAGCUGAAGCGCGAGUUUGCCUUUGAAGAUGCACUGCGCAUGCUGGAGGUGCUAUGGGCCUCCCUAGAGCCGGACUGGCCACCCCCAGAUGGCCUCCAGCUACAGGAGGCGGCACUGCGCCCGUCAACGGCCCCCAGCCGUCACACGGCCUACACAAGACUUUGCGCCUUGCGGAGGCAGCGCGGCCUCCCAUCCAACAAAAGUCUUGAUGAGCUUGGACAGAGGGCUCAGUUGACCACUGGCCGCCGGCCCUUCCUCAGCCUUGAUGACUCAGACCUUGAAGCCGUCGUUGAGUGCACUUCGCCACGCAAGGUCGUCAGAAACCUCAAGGAAUUCCAGGCGCUCGCGCCAACUGUCGUUGAACCGAAGAACGCAAAAGAUGAAAUUUUCGUCUGGGAAAAUCCACUGCCGCCCUCUCCGGCGCAGCAAGCCGUUGAGGAUGGACCAUGGUGGGGGGACCAGGCAAACGACUUGAGCAGUCCAAAAGCACUUCCAUCGCCAACUAGUCUGGGCGGCGGAUCCGCGUUCUUGAUCAUGCUAUGCGUGACGCUGCUGCGGCAACACAGGGACCGCAUCAUGAGCGCCCGGAUGGACUACAACGAGCUGGCCAUGCAUUUGGACCGAAUGGUCCGCAGACACAAUGUCCGCUCGGUGUUGCGCGAGGCGAGGGCUCUCUACAGGGACUACCUGGCCCAGUACGGCUGAACUGUGAUAUGACCAACCAUGAUGAUAUACAUGACUUUUUACUUUUGAUUUGCGCGCACACUUCACACACUUGAAUCUCUCUGGUCGUGCAUUUGUAACCACCAUUCCUUAAUAAAACCAAAGACACCAACCUUUGCAAAUGAA